AUGAGUGUGCUGCGGGAGAGCGGCGAGGCCAAUAUGGCUUCCUGCACCUGGUGACGGUAGAAGAAAUAAGUCUCAUGGAGAAACCCCGGAGCGUUGAGGAGACCCCAUCUUCAGAACCAAUGGAGGAAGAAGAGGAAGAUGAUGAUUUGGAACUGUUUGGAGGCUAUGAUAGUUUCCGGAGCUACAACAGCAGUGUGGGCAGUGAGAGCAGCUCCUAUCUGGAGGAGUCCAGUGAAGCCGAAAAUGAGGACCGAGAAGCAGGGGAGCUUCCCACCUCUCCCCUGCAUUUGCUCAGCCCUGGGACUCCCCGCUCCUUGGAUGGCAGUGGUUCUGAACCAGCUGUCUGUGAGAUGUGUGGUAUCGUGGGCACACGGGAAGCCUUCUUCUCCAAGACCAAGAGGUUCUGCAGUGUCUCCUGUUCCAGGAGCUACUCCUCCAACUCCAAAAAAGCUAGUAUCCUGGCCAGAUUACAGGGAAAACCGCCCACCAAGAAAGCCAAAGUCCUUCAUAAGGCAGCCUGGUCUGCCAAAAUCGGAGCCUUCCUCCACUCCCAAGGGACAGGACAGCUAGCAGAUGGGACACCCACAGGACAAGAUGCUCUGGUCUUGGGUUUCGACUGGGGGAAGUUCCUGAAGGAUCACAGUUACAAGGCCGCCCCUGUCAGCUGCUUUAAACACGUCCCACUGUAUGACCAGUGGGAGGACGUCAUGAAGGGGAUGAAGGUGGAGGUGCUUAACAGUGACGCUGUGCUCCCCAGCCGGGUGUACUGGAUCGCCUCUGUCAUCCAGGCAGCAGGGUAUCGGGUGUUGCUUCGCUAUGAAGGCUUUGAAAAUGAUGCCAGCCAUGACUUCUGGUGCAACCUGGGAACCGUGGAUGUCCACCCCAUUGGCUGGUGUGCCAUCAACAGCAAGAUCCUGGUGCCCCCCCGGACCAUCCAUGCCAAGUUCACUGACUGGAAGGGCUAUCUCAUGAAGCGGUUGGUGGGCUCCAGGACACUUCCUGUGGAUUUCCAUAUCAAGAUGGUGGAGAGCAUGAAGUACCCCUUUAGGCAGGGCAUGCGCCUAGAGGUUGUGGACAAGACCCAGGUGUCACGGACCCGCAUGGCUGUGGUGGACACGGUAAUCGGGGGUCGCCUGCGGCUACUCUACGAGGAUGGUGACAGUGACGAUGACUUCUGGUGCCACAUGUGGAGUCCCUUGAUCCACCCAGUGGGCUGGUCACGGCGUGUUGGCCACGGCAUCAAGAUGUCAGAGAGGCGAAGCGACAUGGCCCAUCAUCCCACCUUCCGGAAAAUCUACUGUGACGCUGUUCCUUACCUGUUCAAGAAGGUACGAGCUGUCUACACAGAGGGCGGCUGGUUUGAGGAGGGAAUGAAGCUGGAGGCCAUUGACCCGCUAAACCUGGGCAACAUCUGUGUGGCGACCAUCUGCAAGGUUCUCCUGGACGGCUACCUGAUGAUCUGUGUGGACGGGGGCCCCUCCACAGAUGGCUCGGACUGGUUCUGUUACCACGCCUCUUCCCACGCCAUCUUCCCAGCCACCUUCUGCCAAAAGAAUGACAUUGAGCUCACACCCCCAAAAGGGUAUGAGACACAAACUUUCAACUGGGACACCUACUUGGAGAAGACCAAGUCGAGAGCAGCUCCAUCAAGACUCUUCAACAUGGACUGCCCCAACCAUGGCUUCAAGGUGGGCAUGAAGCUGGAGGCCGUGGACCUGAUGGAGCCCCGGCUCAUCUGUGUGGCCACAGUGAAGCGGGUGGUGCACCGGCUCCUCAGCAUCCACUUCGAUGGCUGGGACAACGAGUAUGACCAGUGGGUGGACUGCGAGUCCCCAGACAUCUACCCCGUCGGCUGGUGCGAGCUCACCGGCUACCAGCUCCAGCCUCCUGUGGCUGCAGAACCAGCCACACCUCUGAAAGCCAAAGAGGCCACAAAGAAGAAAAAGAAACAAUUUGGAAAGAAAAGGAAAAGGAUUCCACCGACCAAGACUCGGCCCCUCAGACAGGGGUCCAAGAAGCCCCUGCUGGAGGACGACCUGCAGGCUGCGGGGAAGGUCUCAUCGGAGCCCAUUGCUGACGAGAGUAAGAGCCGCCGGUCAUUGCCGUGUGUGUGAAGGAAGAGCACCUGGACACAGCUUCACCUGACAAGGCUCCUAGUCCAGAGCUGCCUGUCCCCCUGGACAACAUCAAGCAAGAGACAGAUGACUGAGCCCACCUGGGCUGGAGCAGAGGGGAGGCCGGGCUCCUCUGUGCCACCACCCCUCCACCCGACUUGAGUUGGGAGACUGAGCCUUUCUUGGGUCCACCCUGCCUGGUGUGUGGAGGCUGCGAGCUGAAGAACCUACCUGUUGCCUCCACCCUCCUCUGGAGAGGCCUGCAUGCCUGGGACUGCCUGAGGCCCCAAACUGGUCUGAGUGACUCCCUAUGCGGCCCAGGCUCCUGAAGCUGGUGCACUUGUUGCCCACCCUACUGUACCCCCACCGGUGGGCACUGCUGCCAUCACGCUGGAAGACGAGGGACAAGACGGUGUGUGAUCCACCUGUACAUUUGCCCAAGAAUAAAAUUACGAAGCAGCUCUGAGUGGAAGGUCCCCGGGCUGACAGUGAGAGGUGGGACAGGAGCAGCUCUGCCUACGUCAAUCCAGGCAGAAGGCCCUGAGCGCCUUGUGCGUGGACACCCUGCUCCUCCUUGCACCCUCAGGCCUGCAGUGGCAGGCAGCAGAGAAGCACUGACCGGGAUAAUGGGUGUUGGUGACAUGUGAGGUGGCCUUUACCCCUUUUCUCUGUUGGCAUGCGCACUGGCUGACAUUUCCUAAAAGGACAGUGGGGGAGGCUUACAGGGCCUGGGCCUCCUGGGCCAACUUGGUGAUGGGGGAGGCCAGGCUGCUUGCUGCUAGGGACAGCAGCGUAGAGUGAGCUCAGCCCUUCUAGUUUGGGUUGAACCUGCCUGACAUUUUCAUUCCUUGUCCUUGUUAACCUGGGUCUGGUAUGGCCUUGACCUAGGGUAUGACCAGCUCUGCUGCCCAAGAACCAUUAAGGACAAUCUUCCCACUCCUUCCCAGCACCCCCUGGGGUAGGGGAGGAGCAGGUAUAGCAGGUGUGCCCGCCAGCUCACUUUUCUUACUGUCCAAGUUCUUUCAAUUCCUUACUUGAUUCUCUCCACUAGUCUCUGAAAGUGUACUCUCGAAGUUCAUCUGGUGUCUGCCCAGGUUCCAGCUGCUUUUGCUCCUCCCAGUUAGUCUUCUUCAAAACUGAUCCAUCCUGCCUUUCCCAUAGCAUCCCAGAACCUAGGGUGGAGGCAGCUAGGUCCCCAGCCCUUCCCUUCCCACCUGUGUGUUGGACGGUGGCCAUGUGGGUCCCUCUGUCCUGCAAGGGCUAUAGCUGUGCUGCCCUGUCCAGCUGCCUUUUGGGCCUGCCAAGGCCCUUGAGCCCCAUGCAGGCAACCUGGGUCUGGGUCUGUCUGCUGCUUGCCGAGGUGUGCAGACUAGGCUGGCUCAGGACCUGGGACAGGUCCAUGCCUGAGAUGGGGGUGUAGGCAUCAGUCAUCACAGGCUGGGCCUUUCUGGACAGGUGCAGAGAAAGCUUGGUUCUGUUGCCCUUGCUAAAGCCCUGGUUAGAACACAGGCCCAGAAAAUGGCCCAUUGGCCCAGGCUGAUUUCCUUAAGUAAAUAAAUAGGCUUGAAAAAUGGAAGAUCACUGGGUUGCCUCAAGACCCAGGCAGGUCUCUGUCCAGAACAGCUAUUCCUGCCCUCAGCAUAUGCCAGCUUCCAGACUUAGGUGGUGACAAGUUAGUGACAUUAGCCCCUGGGGGGAGGAUAUUGGGAGAAAGAGGGUCCCAGGGUGCAGUUUGGCUCUUCUGUCUGCUCAGGAGCCCAGCUGACAGACCCAGGUCCAGGCUGCCUGCAUGGGUCUCAAGGGCCAUUUCAUCAGGUACCUUAGCAGUUAGGCAUUGUCCAGACCCAAGAGUUUCUGGGACAAGUGGCUUAUAUGCCAUUUGACCUUUUGUUCCUUCCUGAAUGAAGUCAUGAGCAGAAGGUCCCCAUGAUGAGGGCAGAGCUGCAGGACAUGCUGGGUGCCACUCUGGCCCAGGCCUGGCCUCCCCAGGCUCCUCCAUUUAUAUUAGACAGUUAACUCCCCUACGUGCUAAAGUCCAGUCUGUUACCACGGUAUCGAGGGUGAAGACAAUAAGUUUCUACCCAAAGAAGACCACAGAGUAAAUGGCAUCUGCCAUCACCAGCUAAGUGCCCUCUCCCCCUAACAACCACUAAUUUGUACUAAUUUGUCCUUACAUUUCUGCUGUUCCCCUCCCCAAAGGGAGCAUGGAACUUUUCCAUCCCUAGUUCCUCACUCAGACCUGGUAAAAAGUUGGGAUCCAUGAGUGUUCAUGAAAUAUAAGAAAGUGCACCUGAUUCGUGUUGCUGGUGCUGUAGGUCAGUUUGAUUUGUCACAGAUGGAAGUGUCAACCUCUUAGAAAUUUUUACUCAAGAUUCAGAGUGAGCUAUGUGCCUCAUCUCACCCUUGGGUAGAACUGAAGGUCCUGGAGUCUCAGUAAUGGGUUGCUGGCUAGGAAGAGUCCCAGAACUCUCCUCCUGCUGCCCCUGCCUGAGUCCCCUUUAGGGUUGCUGGUACAGAUCAGACCAAACCCUGCAGGAAACCACCCCACACCUCUCCGCCUUCCCAGGACCAUCCUGGAAUGACCACCCUGUUCAAGGGCAGGGGAGCAAGGGAACAACCACGUCUUAACGAGAGCUUCCCACGCCAGCAUGAGACCAAGGACAGGGUUAGCUUAUGUGCCUUCACAGUAACCCUGUGAGGCACACACUGACCUCGCUCUGAGGUGAGGUUUUGUAACUUGGUUGCUUAAAUCUACAAUGUUAAGUAACAGUGGUGGGGUUAAGCCCAGGGCCCUGCCAUAUUACCAACAGGACUCCCAUUUGUCCCAUCAACAUCAUGGAGCACUUGUGUGUGCCAGAUACCAUGUUGGGACCUCAAGGGGAAAAGAUGUGCAGCCUCAUGCCCUCAGUAGGCUGGCACCUCCAGUCUGGAACACUGCCAGGGUUGGAGCCCUUAGCCUUCAAUUCCUCCAUAUCCCUGGGGAGAAACUGCUAUUCAUUAAAAUAACCCAGAACUCCAGCUUGCACUAGGAAUUGGUACUUAUGGUGCUUAACCACUGAGCCACAUCACCAGCUCCAUUUUUUUCUUCUUCUUCUUCUUUGAGACAGGGUGUUGGUAAAUUGCUGAGACUGGCCUUGAACUUGGGAUCCUCCUGCCUCAGCCUCCCAAGCUGCUGGGAUUACAGGCAGGCACCACCAUGCCCAGCUAGCACUAGGAGUAGUUCCAUGUCAGAAAUGGAUCAAAUGGCCUGAGUUCCCGAUUCCUGCUGAAACCCUGUCUGGAGGUGGACUCCUCAGAUCUUCACUCCUGAGCCCAGCUCAGCAUCCCUCAUGUCUCUGCUGGGGCUGACUGGGAGAAGCAUCAGGGCUGUUUAACAGUACAGUGCUUGGAAGAAGGUCAGUGCCACAUGAGUGUCAGAUGAGACCAAUGUUGCUGAGUCACUAAAGCUAGCAUCAGGUCUGGCUUCUAAGGCAGAUCUUGCCUGCCACUGGGGGUCUUACCUCACUCCCAGCCUACAGAACACUGAAUUGUCUUUCCUCCAAAAAGAUAUGUUGGAGUCUUAACCCCCAGUAACUCGGAGUCUGAACUUAUUUGGAAAGAGGAUCUUAACAGAGGUAAUGAAAUUAAAACGAGGUUCUUUUAGGGUGGGCCCUGUUCCAAUGUGACUGGUAUCCUUUAAAAAGAGGGAUUUGCAGAGACAGAGGAGAGGCAAGAUAUCAGGUGAAGAUGGAGGCAGGUAGGAUUAUGCCACCAUCAGCCACAGAAUGUCUCAGGCUGCCAGCAGCUAGCAGCAAGAAAGGAUCCUUCCACUCCAGGCUUCAGGAACAGUGUAGUCCUGCCAACACCUUGAUUUCCAACUUCCAGUCUACAGAACAGUCACAUUUCUGUUAUUCUAAACGACCCAAUUCCUAGUGCCUUGUUGUAGCAGCCCCCAGGGAACUCACACAAACCCCAUCCAAUGGCCCCAAGGCAGCCCUGAGGCCUUGGGCCCUGCCACCAGCCCUAGGCCAACCUUGUCUGCUCCUUGCUGUGUUCGCUUGAUGGGGGUCCUCCUGACACCAGGGUUGAAGGCUGGUGUCCGCCUGGCCUUCCUGGCAGCCCAGCCUGGACAGGCUUUGAAGACAGCAGCUGCAGCCUUCACCCUCUGGCCACGGGCACUGGGAGGGGUGGCACAGGUGGCCCCCACCCGCAGGUUCAGCCCAGUGAGCCACCUGAGGAGGGAAGAGAGCAGGGGAGCCCACUGUGCUGGUGUGCCGUCGGGAGCCUUCCCGAGAAUGAGGGGUGGUGGGGAAACGGGCAGCAACUGUGCUCAGAGUCCUGGCUCAGGAUCACCAUCCAUGUGACCUCGAAGUUACUGCAAGCCUCAGACCCCUUCUCCAUGAAGGCGGAAUGAGAAUAGUAAGUUCAGAGGGCUUAUGACAGACCAGGUGCUAUUCACGUUAAUCUGUGUAUGCUAACUAAUUCAGCUGAAUUCUUACAGCAGCCACGAUGAGGUAAAUUCAAUACCCAUCCCCUUUUCACAGAUGGGCACAGACAGGUUAUGUGGCUUGUGUGUGUUGGUAAAAUCUCAGAGUCCAGGUCUGCCUGAC